AUGCGGUUCCGAGUCGCCGUCGUCGGCCGCGGCGGCCGCCGUAGGUCCCGCGGGGGCGGCGGGGGGCCCCGGAAGGGCAUCGGUGCGGCGCGGCUUCCGGUUCCGGCGGCCGCCGCCUGCGCCGCGGGCCGGGGCGGCGGGAGGCGCGGCGGGGGCGGGGGCGCGGCCUGCCGCGGCGGCUCACGGCGGCUCUCCUCCCUCUCUAGGUGUGCCAAAAUGUCAGAAAGAUCAGAUAUUCUUCACUUCAAAUUUGACAAUUAUGGGGAUUCGAUGUUACAGAAAAUGAACAAACUAAGGGAAGAAAACAAAUUUUGUGAUGUCGUGGUCCACAUAGAUGACAUCGAAGUUCAUGGGCAUAAAAUUGUAUUUGCUGCUGGCUCUCCCUUCUUAAGAGAUCAGUUCUUAUUAAAUGACUCUAGAGAGGUGAAAAUCUCCAUACUGCAAAGUUCAGAAGUGGGAAGGCAGUUGCUUUUAUCCUGUUACAGUGGUAUUCUGGAGUUUCCUGAAAUGGAACUGGUAAACUACUUGACUGCUGCAAGCUUUCUGCAGAUGAGCCAUAUUGUUGAACGGUGUACGCAAGCACUCUGGAAGUUUAUAAAACCGAAACAGCCGUUGGAGAGCAAGGAGGAGUGUGAGCAGCAAAGUGACUCUUCUGAGUUGAAGGAACAUCAAGGAGAUGAAGACUCUCUGCAACAAGAUUCACCUUGUAUUCAGCCUUCAGAAGACAGUAUGGAUAUGGAGGACAGUGAUAUUCAGAUCAUCAAGGUGGAGUCUAUUGGGGAGGUAACAGAAGUUAGGAAUAAGAAGGAUCAGAACCAGUUUAUUUCUUCUGAACAAACUGCAUUGCAUUCAUCAGAGCCUCAACACUUUCUAAUCAACUCCACAGUUGAAAACAGAGCAAGCGAAAUAGAGCAAAACCACCUCCACAACUAUGCCCUUUCAUAUGCUGGCAGUGACAACAUCAUUCUGGCCUCUAAAGAUAUGUUUGGGCCUAACAACCGAGGUAUAGACAAAGGUCUCCAAUGGCACCAUCAGUGUCCAAAGUGCACAAGAGUAUUUCGGCAUCUGGAAAACUAUGCUAAUCAUUUAAAAAUGCAUAAACUAUUUAUGUGUCUUCUCUGUGGCAAGACAUUCACUCAGAAAGGCAAUCUCCACCGGCACAUGAGAGUACAUGCAGGCAUCAAACCUUUCCAAUGUAAGAUCUGUGGGAAAACAUUCUCUCAGAAAUGUUCCUUACAGGACCAUCUCAACUUGCACAGUGGGGACAAGCCCCAUAAAUGUAACUACUGUGACAUGGUUUUUGCGCAUAAACCUGUUCUGAGGAAACAUCUUAAACAGCUGCAUGGUAAAAAUAGCUUUGACAAUGCCAAUGAAAGAAACGUUCAAGAUAUAACGGUAGACUUCGAUUCAUUCACAUGUAGCACUGCUACAGACAGUAAGGUCUGUCAGCAAGCUGAUGCAAGCCAGGUACUGGAUGCAGGGAAACUGCCUCAGGCUGUGCUGAGUUUAAGAAACGAUAGUACCUGCGUCAACUAAGCAAUUAAAAAGAGCCCUUUGUAGGGAUCACGAGAGAGAGGAGCAAACAGUUGGUUUGGGCUCUUACCUAAACUAGUGGUAUGCCCUGAAAGGCUACGUAUGGAUGGAGGGUUGGACUGCAAAACCUGGCAGGUCUUCAGCCAUCGUUUGUAGUCCUGAUAUCUUCUGUGAAUAACAAUCUUCCUUCAGGUUUCUGUCUGUGUCUCUACUGUGGAUUAUGGGGUUAAUUGCUUCAUUUCUCUCUGAUUAGGAGACUCAAGACUAACACCUUUUGAAAGACUUGCUGUGGGCUGCAAGUAAACCAUCUGCUGUACAGUUAGAGGCCUCUGUGUCUGGGCAGAUGGAGGAAAGAACAAAGAGGACAAGUCUGUGAGAUAACCUUUUUUUUUUUUUUUUUAAGCACUGGAUAACUGAAAGCACUCCAUAUAGUUAAAUGCUAAUUUGUUUUAAACUCACCUGUUAAAAGUUAUCUUUCUCUCUUCUUACCCCUAGCCCCCUACAGUUAAAAUGAAGUAUUUUUGUGUCACUUUUUUGCCCUUUCUAAACUAUUUCAAGAAACUCCUCUUGUCACUGAACACUAUCUUAAAAGCUCUCAGGGUUUUUAACCUAGAUAUGCAUUAUAAAAAGAUAAAGCCCUGAACACUUUGGCAGAGCUAGUCGAUCAUUGCAUAGAACUGUUUAAAAUGAGAAUAAAUUACAGCUCUGGAAUGCAUGAGGCUGGCUGCCUAGAGUGCAGGUAUGACCUAUUUCUUACGCUGUCAUACCCAGGAUUAUUAAAGGGCACUUACCACUGUAAGUACUGAGACAAGCUAAAAACUUCAGAACUAGAAAUUAUUGUCUAUCUUCCAUAAAUUUUGCUUCAUAUAAGCAAACAACAAUUGUUACUUUCAUAAUUGGUUUUAGAGCAAAGCUGGAGUGGAAAAAUACUGCUUUUUGACACUGUGAAAAGAAUCUGUUUUAAAAGCUGCAAGGUAUAACUCCAUGCUUUUUUUUUUCUUUUUUUUUCUCCCUCAGUUCUUGUGUAUCUGUCCUUGAUACCUAAUAAGGGCCACAUAUCAGUAAACUUGGAAAACAAACAAACAAAAAUACCUGCCAUGAGAACGUUAACAUAAAGAUUUUUGAUUUCCUGGACAUUCAAAGACUGCAUUUUAUUUUAAGUGACCUACAGAGUUCAUGACCAUUAGUGUUUUACAAAGCCUAGGAUGAGGUAUAGGUAGCACAAUUUCUAUAGGUUAAUAUAUCAGCUAUUGACUGUACUCAGCAAUACCUCUUAUAUACCGCCUUAAACAUCAAACAUAGCGGGAAUGGCAUGGUAAUUGGGAUUCUGGGAUUAUCCUGUAUUACUUCUUAAAAGUGCCGUGGAAUUAUCCGCAUCCCAAUCGGGCUGAAAGAAACUAAUUUCUCAUCUGAAGAACACCAUUCCCAGUAAAACAGCACUCUUAUUAUAUUGAAGUGUAGCAUAGACUAAUAAUCAAAUGGCUAAUCCUCAGUAGAGAAUUGCUGUUCAUAUUUGGAAUAAGUAUCUCUUCCAAUGCAGCUCUUUUCCACAAGGUUUGCCAUGAGGCUGAGAUUAUGCUUCCUACUAAAUGUAGUACUGUUUGUGUGUUUGAAGUGGGGGGGGCGGGGAGGGAAGGGGUAAGGCUGCUAUUGUAUGGUUAAAAAUGCUAAACAGGUAUGACCAAAGGUGUGUUAGAGCAAAAAAUGUUUUGUAUGUAACUAUCAAAAAUUGGUCUUGAUCUUCAGAUAUGUGUAUAUAGAAACCACAAGUUCCUUAUUGCAGACGUUACACUGAUGGACUGUAAAAAGUGUUAAUCUUGCAAAACAUCUUCAGAAAUCCGCAUACCCUCAAGUAGAAACAGCAAGGUGAUUCUGUGAAUCAGUUUUCGCGAUUGAGUUUUAUACUACUGUACUUGACUGUUACAUGGACUGUUAGAUGGAUAGCUAUGAAGUAAGCAAUGGAAAUGGAGUCAGGGCAUUACACCUUUCAAGUUGUAGCAAAUAUACUUAGGUCUAAAAAUUUAACUAUUUGGAUUUUUUUUUAAAUUAUUAUUCAGGUUCCUGGGGCAGAAAAUAGGUUUGCAUGGGAAGAAAAACUGUUUUUCCUCUUAAGUAACCUGCUUUCAGAAUCAUUUUGAGCUAAGUAAGACCGUGGUAGUUACAUCUGAGACUUGCAUUCUGACUUCAGGCAGAAUCUUCUGUGUAGUUCAAACAUUUUGAUAAUAUAUUAUUCAUUAUAUGGAAACACGUUAUAGCUCUAACGUCAAAAAGAAGACAGAUCUGGAGAAUAAGAGCUUGCAGAGCCAGGUCAACAUGCUGAAAGGGACUAGUGAACACUUUAACUAUAUCAAUAUGGACAUGAUAAAGAAAAUGGUCUUCUGCCAGAGAAGGGAAAAAAACUGUACAAAUGCUAGAAAAAGUGGCAACAGAAUGGACAGUGUUGAGAGCUUUGUCUGGGAAGUUCCUCAUGGAAUUACAAAGCUGCAAAGAGAAUACAGCAUGUUGAAGUAGCCAUGGGUGAACUGAAGCUGAUGUGAAGAGACAAGGGGUUCUCCUACGAAACAGAAAAUGGUUUGGUCUAGAUAUAUAGGUUUUGAAUCCACUCGGUGCUGUGGUGAUGUCAACUUUUGAGAAGGCUGAGACUGCUGGCCUUUCAGAUAAAAGGUGGCUUGUGGUCAUUUGGUGAGACCGCGGCAGAAGUAAAUAGGAGAAAGGAGAAAUGCCGAAGACCGCUUCUUCAAUGACAAUGGAUGUAUCUGUUGGAUGAAGAGUGACUUCUUACUGAUGUCUGUGCUUUUGGCCUGGCAAAAGGUUGCAGAGCAAAAGAUUUAUGCAGGAGAUGGCUACGUGACUCCAGAAGCACUGGAGGUCUAAGAUGGCAAUAUGCUGAUGGCACAAUACAAAGUACACUGGUGGUAGAGUUUAUGUAAAAUCUGUCCCUUUAUGGGGCAAACAAGUAAAGAAUAUAGAAGAGGUAUUAGGAAAAAAACAUCCAGCUAAUACCUCUUGUCUGAAUUAUGGAUUAAAACGGAGUGAGGAUUAUUAUAAAUUGAAUAUCCAGAGGCAGCUUGAUUAUAGAGUAAGAUGAACUUAAUUGUCCAUGUAUGUAAAAUUCUGUCUUCGUUGCAACGUUCUGAUUAGUGAAAGACUAGAUCAUUGGUUGUUGCUACUGAUGCUACAUACUCAGAUGAGGACUAUGGCAGUUAUCAUAAUCUGUGUGUUGAUGUGUAGAAUACUAUUUGCUGGUAAGUGGAUAGUCUCACAGUUUAAUGUGCUGUAAAACUUCCUGCAUAUCCUAAAAAUAGCUGAAGUCUAUUACAAAAAUACUUUAAUAACUCCUUGAAUAUAUUUUAGGGUUUUUUAUUAUUUUGGCAUUCUAUUUAUUUAUUUGAUAUAGGAGAAUUCUUAGAACACUUAGAUUUGCCAGAGGUUUAGGCUUACCGCCUUUCUGGAUGGUUGGUAGCUCGUGUAGCAUAUGUUCCCAGAGAAAAUGAUGCAGCUACACAGCCUCCUGUAUAGAUCAGGGAUGAGUCUUUCCUUAAUUUAUUUUUCUUUUAGAAGAAACGUUUUGCAAUUUAGUAACAGGUAACGGAAAUGCCAGUCUUUCUCCCUUAGCUUUUUGGCAAAACUUAGAUAGCUGCCGCUGAAAUAAUGUAAAAAAGGAUUGCGUGGGGCUGGUUCUGGAGCCACGGGGAGGAGGACAGGCGAGGCGGAAAGGCCGAAACGCGAGGCAAGCGGAGCGUGUUAAAUGUAAAGUCGUGUUAAAUCUUGAUUUUUUUUUCUUUUUUUUUGAACACAAGUGUGUGUGGGGGGGAGUUGGCUCUUGGAAAAGGUUGAGAAGGUAGAAGGAAGGUUUGUUUCUCUUUCCGCGGGGACUGUACGAGUACAGACGGAGCAUUAGCUACCUCUUCAGUGCCGAGGCAGGAGUCCUCUCCCGAGUACUUUUACCAAAGCAGGCGGGGCGGGGGCUCGCCCGGCGGCGCCCCCCCGCCGUAGCAGUGCCAAGUGCUCAAUAAACGUGCUGCUAACUCUG